GCGGCUACUGCAUGUGCUUGCCGAUAGCAGUUCAGUUCGUGCAGGCAUCGCUGUUUCCGCAGUUCACUAAAACUGACAGUUUCUUAGCUCUCCCUCCCUCUCUCUCUCUCUCUCGCUCUCAGAAGGAUGAUGUGAGCCUUCCGGAGAUUCCGCUCGGCGAUCUUUCUGGUUCUCUCCUUCUCUUGCUAUGCGAUUCUACCGCACCUAUUGAAAGAUCGUGCAAUUGUUUUCAAGGUUUUAUAUAUUGGGUAUAUGUGAUCAACUUUUCAAAGAUGUUUGACUGUGGUUACAAGGCUCAUUACAUGGAUGGUCAGCGGGAAAAAUUUUUGAGGUUGGAUGACUUGGACUCUAGACCAUCUCCAUCUUCUGAUGCUGGGCUUGAUGAAUGUGGAUUUAGUAUGGUUAAAUUAAGCCGUGGUGGUUAUACAAGAAUUGGAACCACUGGAUCUUUUAAAAGAGGAAUGAGAAUGGGAUCUGAAGGACUAAAGUCAAUUGGCCGAUCACUUGGAUUUGGGGUAUCUAGGGCAGUCUUCCCAGAAGACCUUAAAGUAUCAGAGAAGAAGAUAUUUGAUCCUCAAGACAAAUUUUUACUCUUAUGGAAUAAGCUUUUUGUAAUCUCAUGCAUUUUGGCUGUCUCUAUUGAUCCAUUGUUUUUUUAUCUCCCUGUGAUCAAUGAUUCAGUUAACUGUCUUGGUAUAGACCGAAAGUUGGCGAUCAUAGUUAGCACUAUAAGAACAAUCAUUGAUGCUUUCUAUCUUAUACGCAUGGCUCUCCAAUUUCGCACUGCUUAUAUAGCUCCAUCGUCUCGUGUCUUUGGACGGGGUGAACUUGUUAUAGAUCCAUCACAAAUAGCCAAGCGAUACAUGCAGCGAUAUUUCAUUAUUGAUUUCCUUUCAGUGCUGCCCUUGCCACAGAUUGUAGUUUGGAGGUUUCUUCAGAGGUCAAAUGGUUCGGAUGUACUGUCAACAAAAGAGGCAUUGCUGUUCAUUAUCUUGCUUCAGUAUGUCCCUAGAUUUCUCCGAAUGGUACCAUUGACUUCAGAGCUUAAGAGAACAGCUGGUGUCUUUGCUGAAACUGCAUGGGCAGGAGCUGCGUAUUAUUUGCUAUUAUACAUGCUAGCCAGUCAUAUAGUUGGGGCUUUUUGGUACUUGUUAGCUGUUGAACGCAAUGAUUCAUGCUGGCAGAAGGCUUGUAGUGAAAAUGGGUGUAAUAACAAUUUCUUGUACUGUGGCAACCAACUCAUGGAAGGGUAUAGUGCCUGGCAAAAUAGGAGCAAAGAUAUUCUCCAUUCACAGUGCUCUGUAGAUCCUGAAAACCCACCUUUUGAUUAUGGAAUUUUUACCCAAGCAUUUUCAUCUGGCAUUGUUUCAUCUAAGGUAUUUAUCUCUAAAUAUUGCUACUGUUUAUGGUGGGGGCUCCAGAAUUUGAGUACACUUGGCCAAGGACUUCAAACCAGCACCUAUGUUGGGGAGGUUGUAUUUUCAAUAGCGCUAGCCAUUUUUGGGCUUAUCCUCUUUGCACUCCUGAUUGGUAACAUGCAGACGUACCUUCAGUCUCUUACCAUUAGGCUUGAGGAAAUGAGAGUCAAAAGACGUGAUUCAGAACAGUGGAUGCAUCAUCGCUUGCUCCCCCAUGAGCUUAGAGAGCGUGUUAGACGCUAUGAUCAAUAUAAAUGGUUGGCAACACGUGGUGUAGAUGAAGAAAAUUUGGUGCAGAAUCUACCAAAGGAUCUUAGAAGAGAUAUUAAGCGUCAUCUUUGUCUAGCUUUAGUUAGAAGGGUUCCAAUAUUCGAGAGUAUGGAUGAGAGCUUACUUGAUGCAAUUUGUGAGAGACUGAAACCAUGCUUGUUUACGGAGAAUGCUUUCAUUGUCCGGGAAGGAGAUCCAGUUGAUGAGAUGCUUUUCAUCAUCCGUGGUCGCCUCGAGAGUGUUACGACAGAUGGUGGGAGAAGUGGAUUUUUCAACCGCACUUUCCUUAAAGAGACAGACUUCUGUGGCGAGGAGCUUUUAACUUGGGCCUUGGAUCCCAAAUCUGGUUCCAACCUUCCAUCUUCUACCAGAACAGUUAAGACACUUGCAGAGGUGGAGGCUUUUGCAUUGAUUUCUGAAGAUUUAAAGUUUGUUGCAAGUCAAUUUAGGCGCCUCCAUAGCAGGCAGGUUCAACACACCUUCCGCUUUUACUCACAACAAUGGAGAACUUGGGCUGCUUGCUUUAUUCAAGCAGCCUGGCGUCGUUAUUGCAAGCGGAAGAUUAUGGAGCUUCGUCGAAAAGAAGAAUGCGAGGAAUCAGGAGGAGUUCGCAACAAUGCCGGUGGUGGUUCAUACAGUAUUCGUGCCACCUUCUUAGCCUCAAGAUUUGCAGCCAAUGCUCUUCGCGGGGUUCAUCGCAGCAGGAAUGCCAAGACUUCCAGAGAAUUGGUGACCCUACGAAAACCACCAGAGCCUGACUUUACUGCAGAUGAAUGAUGCAGACUAUAACUUGUAAGCCUGGUUUCAUUGGCCAACUUUGUUUUGUUUUUUGUUUUGGUUUGGAAUGAUCAAGAAAGGCUACAUGUAAUGAUUUUACACUCAAUAUAAUUGCAGCUUUGAGGCUUGCAUGAA